AUGUUCAAUCCCACUGCUAUUCCCCUCAUUAGUGGGAAUGACAUUGACCGACCCAUGAAUGCGCUUACUUUGACCCAGAAUCUUCACACGUUGUUUGGUAGAUUUGAGAUCACAUUUAAAUAUAUUGGGCCUCACACCUACAAGAUCGACUAUGUGAAACAAGACCGCUUACUUCAAAUUGUGAAGCUUCCUGUCACCCGAACGCUGUAUCUCACUCCAGACCGAAACAUAGACCCGCCAUCUGUUGAUCUUCUGAAGAUCCAUCAUACUAUAGCGAAAAUUCUUCAUCUGAGUGCUGCGGGUGAGUUUAUUGACAAAUUUCUUAGGGAUAUGGAGGAGAUGGAAGGCGGGCAAGUGAUGUCAAAUGGCACGAGCCGUAUCGAUGAAUAUGUGCGUUUCAAACUUGCUGGUUGUCUUGAUGGUUGUUUUGAAGAAAUGUCUGUGUGCUAG